AACAUGUACCACCAAGCCAUUCGGAGAAGGCUGCUUGCUGCAUAUACGAUGUCCGUCAAGCCGACCCAGAUGAACGAAGCCGUGCCUCAGCCCUCACCAUUCUCUCAACGUCCACGCGGGCCCGACUCAUCAUCCUCCCUCCUGUCCCCUUCAAUGGUCCAGUCUUGGUGAAGAGCAGGGCGUCGUCGAUGGUGGCCCAGAAUGGAUAUAUCCCACUUCACUUGCCGAGGCAGUCUUUGCUGUACGCAGCCGAACGGUCCACACUCGUACGACAGACAGAACAUAGGAGGUGCACGGUAUAACGUAGUUACGCGAGAAGAAAGGAGCCGCGUAGAAGCACGAGAAAGCGAAGCGGAGCGAGGCGAGGCACCACCGGAGAAACGUUCGGCCCGCCCACGCUCCUUUUGCAGCUGCUCGGAGGGAUAUGUGCAAAGGCAGCAACAACAGUUCCUCCUAGCUCACGUACAUCGUCGCAAUCUUGCCAAAACGAUACGCUCAACCGGAAAUGAAAUCCAUCACGCGAUGAGGGAGCCCUGAAAGCGGUGAGGAGCAUAAGAACCUGCUGUUCCCCCGUCUCAUCUUGUCUUUCCUUUUUCCUCUCCUCCUCACUCACUAAAUCAUUCUCCUCAUACACUUCGUCUCCGUUUUUCAAUAUCACUCUUCUGAACAACACUGCCACAAUUGCACUUCUGUCUCCGCAUUACUCCAGACAUUCUCCACACACCAAGCAAAAUGGCUCCUCAUGCAAAUGACUCGGAAGCCUACUCUGCAGGCACCCCAUUGACGCGAGGUGGCAGCUCUACAGACUUCACUGUCGACGCGACCAACGUACAAUAUACAGGCCAAGACAUCACGAGCAAGUAUCGCUAUCGCACAACUGAAGUCAAGCGUGUCGACGGCAAGUACGUUGCAAAGCCCAAAGAGACUGUAUACGACUUCAAGACGCAACGCAAUGUGGGGAAAGUUGGCGUCAUGCUCGUUGGGCUCGGUGGUAACAACGGAACCACUGUGACUGCGGGUAUCAUUGCCAACCGCCGCAACCUGACCUGGGAGACCCGUGAAGGUCCACGCGCCGCAAACUACUAUGGCUCGGUUGUCAUGUCUUCCACUGUCAAGCUUGGCACCGAUGCCGAGACUGGUGCCGACGUGAACAUUCCCCUGCAGAGCUUGCUACCCAUGGUGCAUCCCAACGACCUGGCAAUCGGUGGCUGGGACAUCAGUGGCAUGGACCUCGCUUCUGCUAUGGAUCGUGCACAGGUCCUCGAGCCCACCCUGAAGCAACUAGUCAAGAAGGAAAUGGCCGGCAUGAAGCCCCUGCCAAGCAUAUAUUACCCAGACUUCAUCGCCGCAAACCAGGGUGAUCGGGCAGACAAUGUCAUUCCCGGCUCCAGAGCCUGCUUGGAACAUGUCGAACACAUUCGUCAGGAUAUCCGCGACUUCAAGUCGAGCAACCACUUGGACAGAGUCAUUGUCUUGUGGACUGCCAACACGGAGCGUUAUGCCGACAUCAUCCCGGGCGUCAACGACACUGCCAAGAAUCUCAUGACGUCCAUUGAGGCUGGCCACGAAGAGGUCUCUCCAUCUACAGUGUUUGCAGUCGCUUGUAUUUUGGAGAACGCACCAUUCGUCAAUGGGUCACCGCAGAAUACCUUUGUGCCCGGUUGCAUCGAGCUCGCGGAGCAACACAAUGCUUUCAUUGGCGGCGAUGACUUCAAGUCUGGUCAGACCAAGAUGAAGUCUGCGCUCGUUGAUUUCCUCAUCAAUGCAGGCAUCAAGCUUACAUCGAUUGCGAGCUACAACCAUCUCGGCAACAAUGAUGGCAAGAACCUGUCGUCGCAGAAGCAAUUUCGGUCCAAGGAGAUCUCCAAGUCGAACGUGGUCGAUGACAUGGUUGCUGCUAACAAUGUGCUCUACGAAAAGGACGAGCACCCUGACCACACUGUGGUGAUCAAGUACAUGCCCGCGGUGGGCGAUAACAAGCGUGCACUUGACGAGUACUAUGCCGAGAUCUUCUUGGGUGGGCAUCAGACCAUCAGUAUCUUCAACGUCUGCGAGGACUCUCUGCUGGCGUCGCCCUUGAUCAUCGACCUGGUCAUCAUUACAGAGCUGUUUACACGUAUUCAAUGGCGCCACGAUGGGGAGGAGGACUACAAGAGCUUCCACAGUGUGCUGAGUGUGCUGAGUUACAUGCUCAAGGCACCACUGACACCGCCCGGCACACCCGUCGUCAAUGCUCUUGGUAAGCAACGCAGCGCGUUGAUUAAUAUCUUGAAGGCAUGUGUUGGGCUGGAGCCUGAGAACGACAUGACGCUGGAGCACAAGAUUGGCUGCUGAGCGGGCUGGGCAGCCACUGAUCGUUGUUGGUAAUGGCAGUAUAGAUAGAUGAUAUAAAGACUACCUACCUUAGCGUUUCAAUGAGAG